AUGGCAAAGAACUGUAAUUUGAUAUUCUUCAUAGCGGCGGUAUUAGAGUCUUUUACACUCGCCGGUCUCCUGGCAAACGCUUCCGGUGCCGGAGAGCCUCCUCUCUUAUUCACGUUCGGCGACUCUUCCUACGACGUUGGCAACACCAACUGGCCAAAGCACUCCAUCGCCCUAGCUUUCGGUACAGCCUCUUUGAUUCCAGAGGUGAAAUUCUCCGAAGGAUCUCAAAUGAUCCAUCACGCUACGGACUUAGGAUAUAGUGAUACGACGACCUCAUGCUGUGGUACUGGAUCGAGAAAUGCGUCCGGAUGCGGUUAUAGCGACGUGCCUUGGAAUCUCAGCAGUGAUCCAAAAUCGUUUCUGGUUCUUCGACGGGCGUCACAACACGGAGAUAACUAA